AUGUCCAGAAUACUAAGGACCAGUAACGAAGAUAAUACACAGAAAUUUUAUAAUUAUAAAAUUGAUUUUUUGUUAUUAAUAAAGAAAGUAACCUUACAUUGUAUUUUAACACGACCGAACGAGUAUACAGUUAAAAUGGAUAUAGAAGACAUGCCAAUUGAAAUGGACGAACAAGAAAUGGCUGGGCCAAGUGCUUGUGAUUCAGAUUCAGACUCUGACGACAAUGACGAUGCGGGCUCCACUAAAAAGAAGCGAAAAAAGACCGUGACUUCCAAGCUUCCAUUACAUUUGAAAGGCUUAAUGGGGGAAGCAAACUUAAGAUUUGUCAGGGGCGAUUUGGCUACUGCAAAAAAGAUGUGUUACGAGGUGAUAAGAAAUUGUCCAGAUGCUUUUGAACCAUACUUAACAUUGUCGCAAAUGUACGAAAAUAAAAAUAGAAAAAAGUACAGAGGGUACUUGUUGCUAGCAUCACAUUUGUUUCCAGCAGGCAUAGACAUUUGGUGUAGGCUGGCUGACUCUUAUUUGCAAGAGAACCAACCUAUGCAAGCUAUCAAAUGUUACACAAGUGCUAUGAAAAAUGAAACGGCUGUUAAGAACAUGGAGUUGCACUAUAAGCGACUGGAAUUAGUUGAGAAACAUUGCAAGGAAACUCAUGUAAUAAGGUGCAAACAGUGCAUAGCUAAUCAUUUACCAAGGAAACAAUAUGACAAAAUAAUUAAAAUCUGUAUGGAUUUGGCUAAAGAACUUUUCAUACAGGGUAAUUACAUAAGAUCUAUAGAAGUUUUAGAUAUUCCCUUCAGAAGAGUACCUGAUAAAGUGACUGAUGAUCUUUUGAAUAUGAUGCUCGAAUCACUAUUGGCAUGUGAACGUUUCACUGAAUGUUUGGAUAUAUUUGUAAGAUUUUGUCAUUUUGAAUUUGAUGUUUUUGUACAAGAUGACCAGAAGAUUGUAAUAAAUUCAUACACAAUUCCUCCCAGUCUUCAAGUAGAUUUGAAGAUUAAGUUUGUCAUCUGUGUGAUCAAAUUAAAAAGUAAUCACUUAGUUACACAAUUAAUAGAUGAAAUUGUCAUAAAUGAUGAUGUGGAAUUAUAUGGGGAUUUGUAUUUGGAUGUUAUUGAAGCAUUAAUGCCAGGAAUGCCUCAAGAGGCAUUAAAACUGCUGAUACCUCUCAUUAAAAGCAAGAAUUUUUCACUGGCUGCUAUUUGGCUCAAAUAUGCUGAAUGUCUGAGUAUGUGCAACAUGAUCGAACAAGCAAUAGAAGCAUAUUUCACAGUCAUGUCUCUGGCACCACAACAUAUAGAAGUUCUUUAUCCUUUAGCUAUGUUGUUGUUGAAACAGGAUAAACAACAAGAGGCUCUUGAUGUACUCUCAUUAGAUUUAACAACAAACAAAUUAGAUGUAGUAGUCUUAAUGGAGAGAAUGAAAUUAUUGCAAGCAAUUAAUGACUUUGAUGAGUAUUGGAAAUCAGCUGAAUUAUUGUUGUCUAGACACUGUGUUGUUUUGAAACAUCCAGAGGAACUCAAAUGUGUUACAACUAUGAUGACUGUUAAGGAAAAAAUGGCGAAAAUUAGGAAAAUGAGGCAGUUCAGAGGGGAUGAUCCUACAAUUGAAACUGACUUUGAAAGUAUACGUGAACCAUCAAAUGAAGAGGAGUAUAAAUUCUACAGAUCUAUCAUGCAAUACGCCAAAGAUUGCAAUAACUUCGUCAUGUUUCAAAAGUUCGCCUUCAUGGGAUUAUGCUCAAAGAAAUUUACCAAAUAUUUUGAUGAAAUACUCCUUUGUGCAUUUUACGCGAGUGUACUGAACAACGAUCACUUUCACGCCUACAGCUUAAUCCGCGACAGAUUGUUACGCAACAACUUCGAAUACGCGAAGAGCAUGUUGACUUGGAACUGGUUCAACGUCAUCCUCCAGACUCCGGAUGACUUACGUCAUGUGCGUUUUUUGGAACGACACGAGGUGAAACUGAAAGCACCGCCAAUGCGAGUUAUAGAAGCAAAUUAUGAUGUGUCCGUCGGAAAUUACAUGGCAGGCUUGACGUUCUUCAUGCAGGAGUACAAAAAGACCCAAAGUGCUUACAGUGCCUUCAUGUUGGGAGUUAUAAUGGUGCAACUGUACACGCAAAAAUAUAACAGGCCUAGAAAGAAGCUUAUGGCUGAAACAUCUAGUUAUUUGUUCAUGAAUUAUGCAAAGACAAGGAGUAAGGAAGCUGAACAAGAAGUGUUCUACAACUUGGGAAGGAUGUAUCAGCAGUUGGGUGUUAUGUAUUUGGCGGAAUUUUAUUAUAAUAAAGUGUUUGAAGUGAAUAACGACUUUUUGGAACAGCAUCCAAAGAUUGUUUGUUUGAAAAGAGAAGCUGCUUUUAAUUUACAUAUUAUGUAUAAAUACUCUGGCAAUUAUGUUGCUGCUAGAAACAUUUUAAUGCAGCAUAUUGUUGUGUGAUAUUUUUUUUAAUUCUAUUUAUUUGUUAUAUAGACAUUAUGAAAUAAAAUAUAAUUUUUAUAUA